AUGGAAAAACAUGUACAAAGGAAUGAUCUGACGAGAGAGCCAAAGGCACAUACUCGAGUUGAUUGCAAAGUUGCUUUCAGGGUCCACCGAGUGAUAGGUGAGAAUACAUGGAUUUGCAGAGAGUUUAUCACAACCCAUUCACAUGCGCUCCCUGCUGAUAAUCACAAACAAUUUCUUCGAUCAAAUCGAGUGGUGACAGCAGGAUACGUUGAGACUGCUACAUUGUUAAGGGAAGCUGGUGUUAAGACUUAUCAUAUAUUAUCUUACAUGGCUAUUCAAGUUGGGGGGUACGAGAAGAUGCCCUUCACAAAGUCAGACAUUUACAACAAAAUAUCAAACAUGGAACAAGUGAGACUAUCUAGUUCAGAUGCAAGGCGUGCAAUUGGAUACUUAGAGCAGACAAUGAUGAUCGAUUUUUUGGAAGAUACUCUGUUCAUAAAAGGAACAGACUUCAACACAUAUUUUGGUCAGAUGGACGGGCACAAUUUGACUAUGAGACUUUUGGUCACGCCAUUGCUUUGGAUUCAACCUACAAGACCAAUGCAUAAGGAAAACCACAAUGAAUCAGCAGAAAGCUACAUAUGGGCAGCACAACAAUUUUUAGAGUGUAUGAAUGGGGUUCAUCCAAAGACUGUUGUCACUGAUUCUGAUCCAGCGCUUAAGACAAUGGUGGAGGAGACGAUGCCGGAUACAAUUCAUAGGCUAUGUUAUUGGCACAUGCAUAAUAAUGCAGUAAGUAAUGUCACCGACCCUGGAUUUGCUCAAAAAUUAACGCAACUUGUGUUCAAAUACUACGAGGAAGAGGUAUUUGAGGCGAAAUGGGCCGCUUUGGUGACAGAGUAUAUUCUGGAAAAUACCCGUUAUGCCAAUGACUUGUAUGAAAGACGUAAAAAUUGGGCAGAAACUUUUCUAAGGGGAAAUUUUUUCUGUGGGAUGUCAACUACACAACACAGUGAGGGGGUUAAUGCUCUACUGAAGAAAAAGCUCAACCGAAACCUAAAGUUGUAUGUAUUUGUAAGAGCUGUUGACAUGUCACUUUCCUUAAUUCUAUAUAGAGAGGCCAAAGAUGAUUAUGAUAGAUUGCAUACAACUCCCCAAUUAGGGAAAACAAGCUUCCCUCAGAUUGAGAAGUACCUAUCUAACGUGUACACGAGAAACAUGUAUUACAAAGUCCGAGAGGAGAUGGUUAAGGAGGCAAGAUACUUGAAGGAAAGCAAGAUUCAGACUGAUAAUGGAACUUUGUUGGAGUUAUUAAAAUAUCCAGAAUGCCGGAUAAGAAGGGUAGUCUUAGUAAGCUCUAACAAUAAAUUUUUUGUGUGUGAAUGUCAACACUUUCUAUCUUUCGGAAUACCAUGUCGACAUGUCUUCGCAGCAAUGAAGUAUAUGAAAGUGCAGGAUAUACGCAAGUCACUUCUAGUAACAAGGUGGACAAAAACUCCUUAUGGAGAUGAGAAGGUCGAGACAAAGCAUUAUCGUGAAUGUGAGAAUGCGUCAACAGAAGUGCAGGCUCGAUUUAGUAGGAUAACCACAAAAAUGGCUGAAGUUGCAUACAUUGGGGCUAAAACACAUGAAGCUUACUAUGAAAUUUUACAAUUGUUGGAGAACAUGAGUAUUAGCUUGCAAAAAUAUGAUAAGGUAGAAAAUAAGAGAGGCAGAGAGGAAGAAAAAAUUAAGCAAAAUGAUAUAACUGUAGAAGACCCACACAUCUCAAAGACAAAAGGAAUAGCGAAAAUGCGGGGUUCCAAGGCUGUGAAUAAAAGGAAGUGCACAAUUUGCAAGAAAUCAGGACAUAACAAGAAAAUAUGCCCACAAACAAGGACUAAAAGGGCUGAUGAAGAUGAAGAUUUUGGCAACCAAUAUGAUGACGAGACUGAACAAUCUGAUGAUGUAUUAGAGAGUGACAAUGGUGAAGAAAGGCUAAGUGACGAAGAAAUGUUUGACCAAAGUCAAAGACAAACCAGUACAUUACCAUUAGAAGAUGACAAUGUUGGCCAUAAACAAUAUACUUAUUCCACUCCUACAUCAAUGGAAACUUGGUCGCAGUGGUGGGGGAGUGCAUACUGA